AUGUCAUUGUGUGUGUGUCAGACGGUAGCGAACGCGAAAGCAACGCGAAAAAGUUACGCGAAAGGACUUUUUACGAGAUCUUGCAGUUAUAUGGACGCGAGCUUUUCAAGUUCUCCACGGUUUUGCUCUCAUUUUUCCAGAACGGAGUCGACAGAGUGCGAGGGAGUGUCGUGCACGAAAGAAGCUAAGUAUCGGCAGUGGGGACAGGAAUUAGACGCCGGACGAGUUCCCGAAGGGCUACAAGCGAUGCUGGAAGAGCUUGGCUCUCUGAAACGGGAGAAAGUGGUCAACUAA